AAUUUAAUGCCUCGUCCUUUGAAGGCAACAAGGAUCUCUACGGAUACCCUUUGGCGCCAUUGAAGAACAGGGGACUCUCCGUCAUCGCCAUUGUUGGAAUCGGAUUGGGGAGUGGCCUCGUCAGCUUGGUUCUAAGCUUCACCGCCGUUUGUAUAUGGUUGAAAAUUACCGAGCGGAAGAUGGUGGUUGAAGAAGGAAAAAUUAGUCAGCUCAUGCCCGAUUAUUGAUCUUAAUCACCCAUUUUCAAGCUCCCCCAUCAGAGAUUAAUGAGCUGUAAAUCUUCAAUUAUUUUCUGUUCAGGUAUAUACCAUUUCCCCCCACUUUCUCCUUUUUUCUUCUCCCUAAACCAGCUAUGGUCUAGUACUCUUUUUCCGUUUUUUAGUUGAAAGAUGCCCUCUCGAUUCAACAUCGUAGAGGAUCUUUUUUUUCUUUUUUGUUCCAUUUUUCCCCUCUCACCUUUUUGGCUAUUUUCUCCCCAAAACAAUCGACAAUGUAUAAAACCCAUUGGUUAAUAUUAAGAUGCUCUCUCAUUUUUAGUCUA